GCCCCAGGGGCCCCCGGGGCCCCAGGGGCCCCAGGGGCCCCCGGGGCCCCAGGGGCCCCAGGGGGCCCCAGGGCUCGCAGGGCCCAGGGGGCCCCCGGGGCCCUUGAGGCCCCCAGGGCUCCUAGGGCCCCAGGGGCCCCCAGAAAGCGGUGGAGCUUCUGCUGCAGGAGCUGCAGAGCCUGCAGCAGAAGCUGUGGCUGCUGCUGCAGCAGGAGCUGCGGUUCCUGCUGCUGCGAAGCCUGCAGCAGGAGGUGAAGCUGCUGCUGCAGCACGGGACUUGGGUGGGGCUGCUGCUGCUGAGGAGGGGCCCCCGCCAGGGGCCCCUCCCUUAAGGAAGGGCCCCCGGAAGGGGCUGGGGGCCCCCGCCCCCCCCUUGAGGCCCCCUGAAGAGGCCCCAGCAGCAGCAGCAGCAGCAGCAGCAGCAGCAGCAGCAGCAGAGGGGCCCCUGGGGGCCCCCCGGGUGAAGGCAGAGCGCAAGCGGCGGCUGGCGAGGGCUGGAGAGCGUCCGCAGAAGCGGGGGCCGCUUGCUGCUGCUGGCCGGGGCCCCCGAGCAGCAGCAGCAGCAGCAGCAGCCGCAGCAGCAGCAGCAGCAGCAGCAGCAGAGGAGUCUGGGGGUUCUUCAGCGGCGUGCUCGGAGUCCGAGGGGGAGUGUGGGGCCUUUGCAUGCAAGGAGCAGCUGCUGCUGGCAGCAGCAGCAGCAGCAGCAGCAAUUCCGUCUCGGAGCGCAGCAGAGCUGCUGCGGGCGCCGGUGCUGCCGCUGCGCAUCGAAGGCAUGCACGCAGUGGGGGCGCCGCAGCUGCUGCUGCAGCGCAGCAGCAGCAGCAGCAGCAGCAGCAGCAGCAGCAGCAGCAGCCAGCGCUUCGAAUGCCCCCUCUGCUCUCCUGCUGCUUGGGCCCCCAAUCUUUACCUCCGCAACUUCGCGCACUACAGAACUUUCCACUGGCGCCGCAGAAGGACCACUCAGAGGAAGCAGACGACGGCAGCAGCAGCAGGCACCUCGGAAGCUGAGUCAGCAGCAGCAGCUUUAGACGCACCCAAACCUGGCCCUCCAGAGCCAGAGGCCCCUGCUGUAGCAGCAGCAGCUUCGCAGCCCUCCUCCCCCACUGCAGCCGCACCAGCAGCAGCAGCAGCAGCAGCAGCAGCAGCAGCAGCAGCAAAUGGUGCCACGGCUGGAGAAGGCCGUGCAUCCCGGCAGCGUCGGUGCGCCUCAAGCGGGCCUUCCCCGUGCGGAGUCGCUGCUUCUGCUGCUGCUGCUGCUGCUGCGUCUCCCGCUGCAGCAGCCGCCGCCCCCUCCCCCGCAGCAGCAGCAGCAGCAGCAGCAGCAGCAGCAGCAGCAGCAGCGGGGCGCCCCGCCCGCCGCCCGCCGCCGCCCUGCCACUACCACUGCGGGCUCUGCGCCUACACCCACUCCUCUUUUGCUGCUCUCCGGCUGCAUGUUGCUGCAGCACAUUCCAACUCUGCUGCAGCAAACCCCAAACUAGCAGCAGCAGCAGCAAGGCACCAAAUCCGUACCCCCUCUUUCGACCCUGCCGGCGACUACUGGCUCGAGCUCGGCGCCUCCACUCAGCAGCCCCCCCCGCAAGACAGGGGGCCCCCGGGGGCCCCCAGGGGGCCCCCCGAGGGGGGCCCCCAGGGGGGCCCCCAGGGGGCCCCGGGGGCCCCGGGGCUACAGGGGCCCCCGGGGCUGCAGGGGCCCCCGGGGCUACAGGGGCCCCCGGGGCUACAGGGGCCCCCGGGAAUAGAGGGGCCCCCUGGGAUAGAGGGGCCCCCGGGGCUAGAGGGGCCCCCUGGGGAUGGGGGGGCCCCCCCGGGCGCGGUAAACCCUGUGUCAGGGGGGCCCCCCACGACGGGGGGCCCCCGAAAUUCACAUCAGGAGGGGGGCCCCCCAACAGCACAAGUGGCAGCAGGGACUGCAGCAGACACAGACGCAGCGGACGGCGACAGAGAGCCCUUCGAGCAGCAGCAGCAGCAGCAGCAGCAGCAGCAGCAGCAGCAGCAGCAGUGCCCAGGGGCCCCUCCGGGGGUUUGCUUGGGGGCCCCACCCAGGCAGCCAGCAGCAGGGGGCCCCCCCUUCAGCAAACCCUUUUCAGUUCAACAAGGCCCAGAAGGGACAGCAGCAGGGGCCCCGGGGGCCCCUGCAGCAGCAAAGGACUGCAGCAAGACAGGUGGCCCCACAGCAGGUCUUGGGGGGCCCCCAGCAGCUGCUGGGGGGCCCCCCAGUUCCUGGGGGCCCCCAAGUGCAGCAAAGCCUUGCAGCAGAUUAGCCCCCUUGAAAAGCUGCUUGAGCGUGGGCACGCGAGGGUUGCCUGCUGCUGCAGCAGCAGCAGCAGGCGGCGAGCAGCAGCAGCAAAUAGGGGAGCAGCAGCGGCAGCAGCAGCAGCAGCAGCAAAGGCGGCGCGUUGCUUUUGGGUCGCAUGUUAGAGUGAGACUGGUGGACAAGGAGCUGUCAACGAUGGAGCAGCUUGGCGCUUUGCUGGGGCCCACGUUUGGGGGCGGCUCGCCCAGAUGUGCUGCAGCAGCAGGAGCUGCAGCAGGCAAUGCAGCAGGCAAUGCAGCAGCAGGUGCUGCAGCAGCAGGUGCCGGAGCAGCAGGUGCUGCAGCAGCACCUAAAGUGGUGUGCACUGUGGGGCCCCCAGGGGGCCCCACAGCCUUACUGCCGCCUCCUAAAGCACCGGCUUCAGCAGCAGCAGCAGCAGCAGAUCAAGCAGCAGACACAGCAGCAGCAGCAGCGCCGGUGCAACGCGAGGACACAAUAGCAGCACUAGCAGCAGCGGCAGAGCCACAAGUGCCUGCAGCAGCAGCAGCAGCAACCGCAGCAGCAGCGGCGCCACCGCCGCACCUGCCCUUGGCAUCUGGAGCAGCAAGGAAAGGAGAACUCGAAGCAGCACCAACACCAGAAGCAGCAGCAGCAGCAGCAGCAGCAGCAGCAGCAGUAAAAACAGUGGCAGCAGCAGCAGCAGGAACUGACAACGGCGCUUCUGCGUGCAGACCUCAAAAAAGCUGCAGCAGAUCGGGGGAGGCCCCAGGGGCCCCCGGGGCCCCAAGGGGGCCCCCAGGGGCCCCAGGGGGGCCCCCAGGGGGGCCCCCAGGGGGGCCCCCAGGGGGGCCCCCAGGGGGGCCCCCAGGGGGGCCCCCUGGGUUAGGGGCCCCUGCUGCAGCAGAGGUUGGGGGGGGGGCCCCCCGGGGGCGCCCGCGGAAGAAGCGGAAGCAAAAUGGAGAAGCUGCAAAGACAGAUGAAAUAAUAAAAGUGGAAAUAAAUAACUGCGAAGGUUUGGCUGCGAGCAGCAGCAGCGGGAGCAGCAGCAGCAGCAGCAGCAGCAGCAGCAGCGGAAGUGUGGGUGACUCGCGGGAAGAAGAGGACAGAGGGCAGCAGCAGUAG